UGUACAGAUUUGAAGCGAGUUGUGAUUCGAAAGUCUUCCAGUUUGGUCUACCGGUCUCAGACGAGAGAUCUACGGGCGUGAGGUGCGAGUGGUCUAUCGUUGGAGAGUCGCGCUCGGCUCCAGGUCGGAAAGGCGAACGCGGAUUGACAAAGGCCGACGUCUUUUAGGGACAUUUUUCUCAAAAAAAAAAAGGAUCAAAGGAGAGAAACUCUGAAGGCAACGGAUCCGAGACACCUCCAAGUCACAAAACAAACAACAGCUGUCAGUCAAUCGAUUGUCCCAGCCUCGGGAGGUUAUCGUGUAGCUGUAGUUUGUCUAUUGAGGUUACCAAAAGAAGUUCCGUAAAUUCUCCGUCCGUUGGGAUUGCAAGUUGAAUCAAUGUUUUACGAGCAUCUCUUGCGUUUGGCCUGUUUCGACAAUACUUAAACACGCUGUGCGUUGAUAGGUGGACUUUUUCUCUUUUUAAGCUCGGAUUAUGGUGCACUGUUUGAGGGGCCGGGCCGAUUACACCGAAAUCGAGGGAGAGACAUAUCAGUUUUUAACCCGCCGAUUCGAUGAUGAACCCAAGAAAAAUGAAAGAUAGACUUGUGGCAAUUCGUUUACGAUUUUUCAUGAAAAUAGAAGAUUUAAUACCUGUAAAAGAAUUUAGACAGAAGUUAACAAAAUAUUCCAAGAUAUAAACGCGCAUCUCAAUGCCAGGAGGUCCAUUGGUGAAGAAUGACCUCUAGAAAUUCCAAUCCAGAAACAGAUCAGCAACAUACAACUGAAACCAGUUUUACCAAUAACCAUCUCAAUGAAGCCAUUUGUGUUGAUGGUGAUCGCGGAAAUUUGGUAGAAAAUUCAGAAGCACAACGCAGCCCGGGCUCAAGGGUUGUAUUUAUCAACAAGCCUCAAACUGACAAGUUCGUAACCAAUAGGAUUACCACUGCAAAGUACAACAAGUACAACUUUAUCGCUUCGUUUCUUUUUGAACAAUUCCGAAGGUAUUCGAAUUGCUUUUUCCUCCUCAUCGCCUGCCUUCAGCAAAUCCCAGAUGUAUCUCCUACGGGAAGGUUCACGACUCUGGUACCACUUAUUUUCAUACUGUGCGUUUCUGCGCUCAAAGAGAUAAUAGAAGAUUAUAAAAGGCAUAAAGCUGAUGAUGAAACCAAUAACAGAUUAGUUGAAGUUUUAAUAGAUGGCAAAUGGGUUAAGGUACAAUGGCAAAAUGUUGAAGUCGGGAAUAUCAUCAAGGUGAAUAACAACUGCUUUUUCCCUGCAGAUCUUCUAGUCAUAUCUACAAGUGAGCCACAAGGUAUGUGCUACAUAGAAACAAUGAAUUUAGAUGGGGAAACAAAUCUUAAAAUAAGACAAGCUUUACCAAUAACAUCAACAUACUUGAACAGCCAAAUGCUUUCACAACUGUCAGCAACUAUAGAGUGUGAAAAACCCAACAAGAUGAUUUAUGAGUUUGUUGGAAACAUCACAAUCGAAGGAGAGCGUACGUUACCACUGGGUCCUGAAAAAAUUCUUCUUCGUGGAGCAAUGUUAAGGAAUACUAGCUGGAUAUUUGGAGCAGUAAUUUACACUGGUGCCCAGACCAAACUGAUGGUGAAUUCAUCAAGGGUACCUCUUAAAAGAUCAACUGUCGAUAAAAUAACAAAUACCCAAGUAGUUAUGUUGUUCUUCUUACUUAUAUUUUUGUGUGUGAUAUCAUCCCUUUACAAUGAACUAUGGACAAGACAAAACAAUUCGGCCUACUGGUAUCUCGGAAUUAAAGAUUUGGGAAAGAACUUCGCCUUCAACCUUUUAACCUUUCUCAUUUUGUACAACAAUCUUAUUCCAAUUUCACUUCAAGUGACAUUAGAAAUUGUUAGAUUUGUCCAGGCAGUCUUUAUAAAUAUGGACUUAGACAUGUAUCAUUUAGAAUCAGACACUCCUGCAAUGGCUCGGACAUCAAAUUUAAACGAAGAAUUAGGAAUGGUUAAGUACAUAUUUUCCGAUAAAACUGGUACUUUAACUCAAAAUAUAAUGGAGUUCAAGAAAUGCUCGGUGGCUGGUGUCAUUUAUGAUGCUGUGGGUAAAAAUGAAAACCCAAAAUCUCAUCCUCUUAUUAAGACUAUAACAGAAAUGCCGAACCAUCAGCCUGAUGAGAAGGCAGAAAAGAGCAUAAAUCAACAAAGUACAGCAAGAGAUUUCUUAACUCUGAUGUCAAUUUGCCAUACAGUCAUUCCUGAGAAAACACCCUCUGGUGAAGUUUUGUACCAUGCAUCUUCUCCAGAUGAAAGUGCACUUCUUCAAGGGGCUAGAAAUUAUGGUUUCGCCUUUGAUACAAGAUUGCCGAAUUCAGUUGAAAUAAUAGCUAUGGGAAAGAGGGAGACAUAUGAAAUUUUACAAGUAAUUGAAUUUACCAGUGCUAGGAAAAGAAUGUCAGUUAUAACUAAGACGCCUUCAGGAAAAAUAAUAUUGUUCUGCAAAGGAGCGGAUUCAGUUAUUUAUGACAGGUUAGCUCAAAGUGGACAGCAAUAUACAAAAGAAACGCUUAAACAUUUAGAGGCUUUUGCCAAUGAAGGUCUAAGGACUCUGUGCUUUGCCAUGGCAGAGCUUUCAAAUGAAGAAUACGAAAACUGGAAUAAAAUUUACUAUGAAGCCUCAAUUGCAGUACAAAACAGGGAAUUAAAACUAGAAGAGGCCGGUGAGUUAAUAGAAAAAAAAUUAAUACUUCUUGGGGCUACUGCAGUUGAAGACAGACUUCAAGAUAAGGUUCCAGAAACCAUUGCUGCAAUUAUUAAAGCUGGAAUUAAUCUUUGGGUAUUAACAGGAGAUAAACAAGAGACUGCUAUAAACAUUGGGUACUCUAGUAAAUUAUUGCAACAAGGCCAACCCCUAAUAAUAAUAAAUGAAACUUCUCUUGAAAUGGUGAGAGAAUGUAUUCUUCAUAAUUUAAAUACAUUAGACACUGCGGGUCAGUUUGCACUUAUUAUAGAUGGGCUCUCUUUAAAAUAUGCUUUGUUACCUGAACUGAGAGGAGAUUUCCUUAAAAUGUGUUUAGCUUGUAGGUCUGUGAUAUGCUGCAGGGUCUCGCCUAUGCAAAAAGCUGAGGUUGUGGGAUUGAUAACAAGCAAUACAAAAGGUGUAACGCUAGCAAUAGGUGAUGGUGCCAAUGAUGUAGCCAUGAUACAAAAAGCACACGUCGGGAUUGGCAUAUCUGGCCAGGAAGGCCUUCAAGCAGCUUGCGCAUCCGACUAUUCUAUUGCACAAUUCAGAUUUCUUAUAAAACUGCUAUUCGUCCAUGGAUCCUGGAAUUAUAACAGAAUGAUUAAAAUAAUUUUAUACAGUUUUUACAAAAAUAUUUGCCUUUAUGUAAUGGAGCUUUGGUUUGCAAUAUAUUCUGGCUGGUCUGGGCAAAUUUUGUUCGAAAGAUGGUCCAUAGGAAUGUACAAUGUUAUUUUCACAGCUUUCCCUCCUUUUGCGAUUGGAUUAUUUGACAAAGUGUGUUCAGCUGAUGUUAUGCUUCGUUAUCCAAAAUUAUACAGUCACAGGCCAAACUUUGGUGUAUUGACAUUCUGGAUAUGGAUUGGAAACGCUUUAGUACAUAGUAUAAUAUUGUUCUGGCUGCCGAUGUGGAUGCUUCAACAAGACACAGUUUGGCCGAAUGGAAGGGAGGGUGGAUACCUAGUACUAGGAAACUUUGUGUACACGUAUGUAGUGGUGGUUGUUUGUUUAAAAGCUGGCCUGCAUAUGAACUUCUGGACAGUUAUCACACAUCUUGCAAUCUGGGGUUCAAUUGCUGCAUGGUUCAUGUUCGUAAUUGCUUACAGUCAUGUGUGGCCAACAUUGCCUAUUGGAGCCAUAAUGUCCGGCAUGGACAUAAUGCUCUUUACAGCAAUUCCUUUUUGGUUAGGCUUGAUUAUUAUCCCAAUGGUAACACUUCUUCCUGAUAUUGCUAUUAUUGUAAUCCAAAGAACUCUUUUCAAGACCCUUAAAGAGGCUGUUAGAGAGCAAGAAAUAAAAAAUAAAGACCCAAAAAAUCUAUUGCAAGAAGGAAAACAAUCUGCGAUGACUGAAACGGCGAGACUCCUCAAAGGGGUCAGGAGCGUUUUUCACUUAAGAUCGACUGCACAGAGGCGAAAUACAGAAGUUGAAUUAUCACAAAAUGGCAUACAGUCACUGGAUUAUGGAUUCGCCUUCUCACAAGAAGAAGGUGGGGCAGUUACACAGUCGGACGUCAUUCGUGCUUACAAUACUAACAUCCCAAAGCCAGGAGGAAUGUAAUUGUUCGAUUAAUUUAACUAUAAUCGUAAGUACAGUCCUGGUUAGGGUGAGGAUUUUUUUAAAAAUCUUAUGACGUUUGCUUGAAUUUUUAUACUAAUCAAAGGAUAAAGAAGGGCAUUUUUUUUUUUUUUUUAUUCAUACCUGUGUUUGUAGAAUGCAGUUUUUUUUUCUUUAUUAAGUCAUUACUGAAAUGUGGAAUUGUUUGCAUAGUUACACAUUGUACUUAUAUAUUUGUUUCUUCUUCCCAUUAUUAUUUUAUAAAACUUAUCAAGAUCGAAAACGCAACAGUGGUUGUGCUAAUUUUUUUAAAAUCUUUCUCUAGAGACAAAAACAAAGAUAAAAAUAUAUUAUCAUUUUUAAUCUAACUCAUUUUACAAUUUUAAAUAUAACUACUUUAAAAUCUUUGCAUCGUAUGUUCUUUGGGAACAUAGGCAUAUGUUGUUAUUGUUAAAUUUGAACUGGAUAUUUUCAAAAGUCUGCAUAGUAGAGACAGUUUUAAUUUGUACAUGAAUGUCUAAAAAAACUAAUCAAAUACUUUUAACUGUGAAUUUGCUAGUUUAUAUAGUAUAGAUUUGUUGAUAAAAAAAGACCUGUGUUAUUGACAAAAGUAUUCAGUUUGUCAUUGUUCAGGUGUGUUUGUAAUACUCAGAUUACUAAGAAAAAAACAGUUUAAGAAAGAUAGAAAAAAUUGAUAAACUAAUAAACUAAAAAAUAAAGUGAGUGUACAAAUUGUACCGAAUUAUUUUUUUAAGCUACUUAAUACGUGCCCAAAAAACAUGUCGAAUAUAGACGAUCUCACUUUUUGUGACUUAAAUUUUGUAUACGUUGUAAUGUGAACUCUUUUCAUAACUGUAAAAAAAAAAUCCUUUAUUUUCUCGUUCCAAGUUCUUAUUUUCUUUUUUACAAUUUUAAUAACAUUCCAACCACUCUAAAAUUAUCUAAUUAAUUAAUAUCAUCAAAUGUGAUCAUCAAAUGAAACAUCAAUUAACUAACUAGUCGUUUUAAAUAUUCAGUUUAUUUUAUUUCUUUGUUUAAUUUAUACUCAAAGCUUUGCAAUUUUUAGUUUUUAUCA